GAAUUUGGGUGUGAUGUUAAUUACUCUCAUUUGUUUUAACCAUUUUCAAACCAAACCAUCCAAAAUAAUCAAAAUCCCCAAAAUUCUCCGUAUUAAGGUACAUAAUUACGCCUCGAUUUCUGUACUAAGAAAUCAUCACAUGUUUUCAAUAUUUUCCUACUCCACCAAAAAUAAUCAUCGUUGCUGCAGUGCUGCUUCGCACUUGCAAUAGUUGCAUGUGCAGUUUUAUGCUCACACUCUUUCUCUCUCCUCCCUCUCUAGUCUGCCAGCACCACCACUCCACCACCAGAGUAAACUCCUACUAAUCGGAAUUCGAGCCGUGUUAUAGCUGAUUAAACUACGACUAAUCCGGAUUAGAGCAGGGUCUCUUUCGUUUCAACUUCCGUUGAAAAAUUAAAAUCCAAAUAAAUAGCCACACCUCGUCUCUCCUUCCCCUAGAUCUUCUCAUUUUCUCUCUCCUCCCCGAUCAUGAAGAUGAAACUCAACUCUACUACUACUACUAAUCCCCUCAUUUCUCUCGAACACAAGAGGGAUGCUUAUGGAUUUGCUGUUAGGCCUCAGCAUGUGCAAAGAUAUAGAGAGUAUGCUAACAUCUACAAGGAGGAAGAAGAGGAAAGAUCUGAUCGAUGGAAUAUUUUUCUGGAAAGGGUGUCCGAGGAGUCUGUUCAAUUGCCUGUUAAUGGGGUAACAGUCGAUGCUGUUGACAACAACGAAGGUCACAGGACAGCUGAAGCUGAUGCUAACCAUCAAGCAUCAGAUGAAGAUGUUGGUGGAACUGAUACACCCAAUUCUGAAAAUUCAGUUGAAAAUGGAGAACAGAAGCCAGAGGUCCCUACAGUAGAGGCCAAGAAAAUUCACAAAGUUCAAAUAUGGUCAGACAUAAGGCCAUCUCUGCGUACAAUAGAGGGCAUGAUGAGUGUGAGGGUGAAAAAGAGGAACCAUUUCUCUAGGAAAGGACAGGAUACUGAUUCUCACAAGACUCUAAAAACUAAUGAAGAGGCGAAAUCUUUCAAAGGAGCACCGGAAGAUGAUUCAGAAGAAGAGUUCUAUGAUGUAGAGAGAUCAGAUCCUGCUCAAGAUGUCCCUUCUGUUGAUAGUACUGCCUCACCUGCAAUAGCUAGCAUUUUUGAAGGAACCAGCUUAGACUCUAGUUCUCCAUGGAAAGAAGAACUGGAAGUCCUUGUUCGAGGGGGAUUGCCAAUGGCCCUUAGAGGAGAGCUUUGGCAAGCCUUUGUUGGUGUUAAGGCACGCCGGGUAGAGAAGUACUAUGAAAAUUUGCUGUCUCCAGAACGUGAUCAUGUUCAUAAAACAAAUCAAGAAGAAGCAAAUGCUAAAGAGCCAGGUAUAGAAAGUGCAGGGCGACGUGAGAAAUGGAAGGGGCAGAUUGAAAAGGACUUACCCCGUACUUUUCCGGGACACCCUGCUUUGGAUGAGAAUGGGAGAAAUGCUUUGAGGAGAUUACUUAUAGCUUAUGCUCGGCAUAACCCGUCAGUUGGCUACUGUCAGGCUAUGAACUUUUUUGCUGGCUUACUGUUACUUUUAAUGCCGGAGGAGAAUGCCUUUUGGACCCUUAUGGGUAUUAUGGAUGACUAUUUUGAUGGUUAUUAUUCAGAAGAUUUGAUUGAGUGCCAGGUGGACCAACAUGUUUUUGAGGACUUGGUGCGUGAAAGAUUCCCGAAAUUGGUUAAUCAUCUUGAUUACUUGGGCGUUCAAGUGGCAUGGGUUACUGGGCCAUGGUUUCUCUCUAUAUUUAUGAAUAUGCUUCCAUGGGAAAGUGUUCUUCGAGUUUGGGAUGUGAUUCUCUUUGAAGGGAAUCGUGUUAUGAUGUUCCGCACCGCCCUUGCGCUAAUGGAGUUAUAUGGCCCUGCCUUGGUGACAACAAAAGAUGCGGGAGAUGCAGUUACUUUGCUGCAAUCUCUGGCUGGGUCUACGUUUGACAGCAGUCAACUAGUUCUGACAGCUAGCAUGGGAUUCCAAAAUGUGCAUGAAGCCCGGCUGCAGGAAUUAAGAGAUAAAAAUCGACCUGUAGUAUUAGCUGCAAUUGAAGAAAGAUCCAAGGGCCUUCAAGCUCUGAAAAAUUCUCAGGGUCUUGCUUCAAAGCUGUACAGUUUUAAGCAUGAUCCUGGAUCUGUUAUGACAGACACAUCAAAAGUUGCGGAUGAGCAAAUGAAUGGAGAUACAACCCACAUGGAAUCUGGUUUGACUACGCCAGAUGACUACUUUAUUGGCAUUGCUGGAGGUGUGGAUAUUGAUCCUGGUUUAGACCUUCAAGAGCAGGCUGGGUGGUUGAAGGUUGAGCUAUGCAAAUUACUGGAGGAAAAAAGAUCUGCAGAGCUAAGGGCAGAGGAGCUAGAGACUGCAUUAAUGGAAAUGGUGAAGCAAGACAAUCGUCGACAACUAAGUGCAAGGGUUGAACAAUUGGAACAAGAGGUUUCGGAGCUACGUCGUGUUCUGUCGGAUAAGCAGGAGCAAGAAAGUGCCAUGAUUCAGGUGUUGAUGCGAGUGGAGCAAGAGCAGAAGGUAACCGAAGAUGCCCGUAGAUUUGCUGAACAAGAAGCGGCAGCUCAGAGACAUGCUGCUGAAACUCUUCAGGAUAAAUAUGACAAGGUAAUAAUUUCACUUGCUGAAAUGGAGAAGCGGGUAGUUAUGGCAGAAACAAUGUUGGAAGCUACACUGCAAUACCAGUCAGGGCAAAUGAAAGUUCAGCCUUCUCCAAGGUCUGUACAAAAUGAUUCUUUACCUGCACGAAGUAAUAUGGAGCCUGCAAUGGAUGUGCCUCCUAGAAAAAUUAGCCUGCUGACAAGACCUUUUGGACUUGGAUGGCGUGACAAAAACAAGGGAAAGUCAGGGAAUGCAGAAGAGGCAAGUGAUAAUAAGCUGGCUUUUGAUGAGAUAAAAAGCCCAGUUGUUGAGGAGAAAGAAAGUAAGGGAAAUGAAUCUCCAGAGAAACCAUAGGUAUUGACUAUAAUUGAUACAGGUAAGUAAAUGUGCGUAGGUCUGUAUUGUACUGGUCGAAAUCCAGUUCAGGCGGCAUAAUUGUGCGAUCCAUUUAGCAUAGAUAAGUGUUGCUGAUACUUGUUGAUUCUUAGUUAAUUCUGUACCCAGUGUAUAGUGUUCAAUUUUGUAUUUGUUAACGAUCUAGUAAUAAAAACAUUAUAGAAGUAUAGAUAGGAAGAAGUUGCUAUAAAAAUUCGAGUUACACUGCA